CCAAAAGAAAAACUCUGUCAUCGUCAUCGUUCAUUGUCUUUUCAUUAAUUGCUUGAAAAAGUGGAAAAAGGCCGGAUUAACUUUAAUACGGGUAGAAAAAUAAAGUUUCAAACAAUAUUGGCGGAAACACAUGCCAGUAGCAACUGCCUUGCACACCCAUAUACACGUACUGUGCAAUACUGCGAUAGUUUAACAUCACCAACAGCAACAACAAUAACAACCUAAAAACCAAACACUGCCCCGAAUUCGUGAAUCACCAAACGAAAGAAUGGAACAAACACAGAUUACAGAUGCGGAAAAGGUUCGCAUUGUCUCCGAGUUCAUACUGCAUGCGCCGCCCGGUGAAUUCAAUGAGGUAUUCAACGAUGUCCGCGAGCUACUGAAAAACGACUCCUUGCUGAAGGAUGGCGCCAGCCACGCCUUCUCCCAAUACAACAAGGACCAAUUAACGCCCGUGCGGGUCGAGGGCAGUGAACACAAUGCGAUCAUCUCUGAGUACAAUGAUUUGGGGAAUGGUCGCUUCUUCGAUCCUCGCACAAAGCAAUCGUUUAAGUACGAUCAUCUACGGAAAGAGGCGUCCGACUACCAGGAUCUUAAGGCAGAUGCCAAUGCAGAGUCGUGGCGAGCUGCCCUGGAUCUAGCUGCCUUAGCAUAUACCGCCAACCACUAUAGGCACGGCGUGUGCUCCGUGUUUGGCAAGUCUCAGGGAAAUCAGAUAACUCUGACCAUUUGCAUUGAGGAUCAUCAGUUCCAGCCGAAGAACUAUUGGAAUGGCAGAUGGCGUUCGCAGUGGCACGUUAGCUUCCAACCUGGUUGCGGCCUGGCCGAGCUGAAGGGCGUGCUGAAGGUGCAGGUGCACUACUAUGAGGAUGGCAAUGUUCAGCUGGUGUCAUCGAAGGAUUGCCGCGAGAGCGUGGUUGUCUCCAAUGAACAGCAGUUGGCCAACGAGGUAAUUCGCCUGAUUGAGGAGGCGGAGAACGAGUAUCAGCUGGCCAUCUCGGAGAACUACCAAACUAUGUCGGACACCACAUUCAAGGCGAUGCGGCGACAGCUGCCCAUAACCAAAACCAAGAUUGACUGGAGCAAAAUCGUAUCGUACAGUAUUGGUAAAGAGCUAAAGACGCAAUAAGAACAGGAGCAGCAAGCGGAAGCCGGUGGCACGCCAAUAUCCCCGUUGCCCAUGGCAGUGCCGGCGCAGUCGCAGAUCAAGAGACCCAACAGUCUUCCACUUGCAAUGGCCAAGCGAGAGUAGUG